CGAUCCCUGCAGCAUAUGCUCAGUACGACCGGCGCGAUCGCUACCACGUGUUAUCGACAAACAACUUCAUCCUUUCAAAGUGAUCGAGGAAUUAUCAUGGCAUACUUGCUGAAGGCAAUUUGCAGAUGUUCUCGGGUGGCCACAGUACACCACUCAAGACAUGUCAGCACCAUCUCACGACGUCUUGUGUAUUCAGAAGAAGUUUUACAAGCAAAAAUAGAAGGGAAACCUAUAGUUGCACUGGAAUCUACAAUAAUUACUCAUGGAAUGCCAUAUCCAAAGAACUUGGAAACUGCUCAUGAAGUUGAACAAAUUAUUACUGAGCAAGGUGCAAUACCAGCUACUGUGGCCAUCCUUAAAGGCCAGUUGACAGUAGGUUUGACUAAAGUACAAUUGGAGUAUUUAGCACAGAGCAAGAACGCCUUGAAAGCUUCACGAAGGGAUCUUGCUCCGAUAGCUGCUGCUGGACUGGACGGUGCCACAACGGUCGCUGGCACCCUCAUCGCUGCUGAACUUGCUGAUAUACCGAUAUUCGUGACAGGUGGCCUAGGUGGUGUUCAUCGCGAAGGAGAAUUGACAAUGGAUAUAUCAGCGGAUCUGAGCGAACUUGGUCGGAGCAAAACUCUUGUUGUAUGCAGCGGUGUCAAGUCGAUUCUAGACAUUGGUAGAACACUGGAAUACUUAGAAACUCAGGGAGUGUGUGUGUGUUCUUACGGUGAUACCGACGAUUUCCCUGCAUUUUACACCCCGCGGUCCGGAUACCGCGCACCAUACCGCGUAGGGAACGCAAGAGAAGCAGCGCGGUUACUGUCCUCCACACAUGCUUUGCAGCUUGGAUCCGGUAUCGUCAUUGCGGUGCCAAUCCCCAAAGAAAGCGCCAUGGAUGAAAAAAUAAUAGAGGAAGCAAUACAACGUGCUCUAGAAGAAGCAAAGAAACAAGGAAUUCAAGGCAAGGAAAUAACACCUUUCAUUCUGGCGGCAGUUGCAAAAGCCACGGCCGGCUCUUCUCUAGAUGCUAACAUCGCACUUAUAAAGAACAAUGCUAAAGUUGGCGCAGAAAUAGCAGUUGAAUUUAAAAAACUCAACGAUGUAGUUAAUGGCGCCAAAGUUCUAAAGGACAAAGCGGGUAGGCAGAGAUCUGCUGAGCUACAUACAGGCAAUGAUGUCUUGGUAAUAGGCGGUGCUAACGUUGACCGGACCUACAGAGUGACAGAAGAUCAAGUAAAGUUAGACGGCAGCACCCACCCAUGCAAGACAGCACAGUGUGCGGGCGGCGUGGGACGAAAUAUCGCGGAGGUUCUAUGGCGACUGCAGCGAGGCAGAACUCGCCUGUUGACGGCCAUAGGGGACGAUGCUGACGGACAAUACUUGGCUGAUAAUGUUCCAGGACUUAUAUUAAAGGAUUCUGUCGUGAAAGGUGGCAGAACUCCGAGUUAUGCGGCUGUGUUGGAUUCCAGUGGCGAGUGCCAACUGGGUCUAGGGGACAUGACGCUAUACGACUAUAUCACCAUUGACCUUGUAAACAAACACAUGGAUUUACUAGUGCGGGCACCACUUGUAAUACUAGAUGGUAACGUCCCGCAGACGACGAUGGUCCACGUAAUAGAACAAUGCAACAAACUUAAUAAACCAGUAUUCUUUGAACCAACGGACAUAAGAAAAGCAAUAAAACCACUAAACUUUAGAUGUCAUCUAAUGUAUACAUCGCCAAAUAUAUCAGAACUACGUGCAAUGGCAAAAUAUGUUUCGCCUACAAUAAACACAAGCCAUACUACCGACGAGGUUUCAGAAAUAAUAGAACUGGCUAAAGUUCUAAAGGACAUUCAAGUUCUUAUAGUCACAAUGGGAGCUAAAGGGGUGAUAAUUAUUAAAAACAGAGGAAACGGAGAGCCCGAUGUUCGAUUGUACCCAGCAGAAACCGUAGAUAAAAUAAUAAACGUGUCCGGAGCAGGAGACAGUUUUGCCGGGGGUUACAUUUUUGGACUGCUCUCUGGUUUAGAUGAAUCGUAUUGCGUGGCUAUGGGAUUUCAAACCGCUAAAGCUGCUCUACUUACGUCAACCACUGUGCCAACUGAAUUAAAUGUUUAUCGUAAAAAUGCGAAAUUUUUUCAAUUAGAUAAUUUAAUAAGCAAGUAAGUUAAGUGCCAAUUGAUAUUAAAAUAAAUAAGUAACCACGAGUAUUUUAAUUAUAUAACUUGGCUUCGCCCAGAUAUUACAAAAAUCAGAAGACACGCUU